AAAAAUAUAAAUAGAUUCUAAAAAAUUGACCAUCAGCUGUCAUAACUGCAUUCUAAUGUUUUCUGUAAUUUAAUAUCCUUGUUUAGCUUUAACGAUAAAUGGCAUCAAAAUUGAACAAAGUUAUUAAUACAUUAGCUAUCAAGGGUCCUAUAUAUACAAAAGAUGCAAUCAAAUAUACCUACCCCAAGCUGAAAACCUUUUGGCAUUAUGCUAAAAUCGAAAUGAGACCUCCAACAUCUUCUGAAUUUCCAAAAAUUCAAAAUCAAUUUCAAGAUAUAUUAUCAUUAUUUAAAAAUGGCCAAUGGAAGAAUCAAUCUAUUAAAGAAGCCUGGUUGAAUUCUCUAGUGGCUGCAGAAAUAUCAUUUUGGUUUUUUGUUGGUGAAAUUAUUGGCAGAAGAAGUUUUUAUGGCUAUAAUGUCUAAUCUGAGGCUCAUUUUAAUAUCUAUUAAUGUCAUAAAUUUAUGUCACAUAAACAAUUAGCAUUUUUUUAAAUAAAGAAUAAUUGCUUUA